AUGACAACUACCAGCAUUAUCAAUGUUCCACAUCUGGGGGGCAUUGAGGCGGCCUAUCAAAUGCCCGAGGCCUAUGACUCGAACAAGCCAACGCUGGUACUGGUCAACGCUUUCACAACAUCUUCUGAGCUUUAUCGAGCUCAGUUCAGUGACUCGAGAUUGACCGAUCAGAUGAAUUUGGUUGCAAUCGAGUUACUGGGUCAUGGACAAACUCGUACUGCUCGUGAGCAGUGGACAUACUGGGAUACCGCGGAGAUGAACUUGCAGGUUUUGGAUGCAUUGAAGGUAGAUCGGGCAUUCGUCCUGGGCACCAGUCAAGGUGGAUGGGUCACCGUUCAAAUGGCUCUCCUGCGGCCGGAGAAGAUCCUGGGGGUUAUUCCUCUGGGGACCUCGAUGGAUAGCGAAUCGGAUCGAAGUCGUAAACUGGAAUGUUGGGAUGGCCCGGCAAUUGUUUCCAGCUUUGUGGCACAGUGGGCAUCUAGCCAAGGUGAUCCCAACUUCGAACCGGACGACAGCUAUUGUAACGCGUUGAUCAACAUCGGGUUCAAUGAAUGCUCGGAUGAAACUCGGACUUUCUGGCAGUCGACUCUAAAAUCCACAUAUCGUGGAGAGGAGGGUCGACGCCGGAUUCGCAUGGCCGCGAUCAACUUAGCCGAGCGUGGGGGGCUUCACCUGCGACUUUCAGACGUUAAAUGCCCCGUCAGAUGGCUACACGGAACCAAAGAUGCCGUAUACUCAGUGGCUAAUGCGAAAGAGGAGAUUGAGAUGUUCGUCAACUCGUCGGAUGCACAGUUAGUCCCAGUGGAGGGAGGCGCCCAUUUUUUGAACUGUUCUCAUCCGGCUGAGGUAAAUCAAGCCAUUUUGGAAUUCGUGGGCAAAUACAAGUAG